AUGACGCCAACAAACCUGAUCCUAGGCCUGAUCGGGCUCUGGCUACUCUAUUUCCUCCUGUCGCGACUGUUUUUCCGAUCACGACCAUCUGCACCUCUGCCACCAGGUCCUAAGGGCAAGCCCAUCAUUGGCAAUCUGGCGGAUUUGCCGCCGCCGGAAAUGCAGGAAUGGAGACACUGGCUGCAGUUCAAGGAGCGCUACGGCCCAAUUAGCUCCCUGACCAUUCUGGGACAAACCAUCGUGAUUCUCAAUGAUGUGCGCAUGGCCUUCGAUCUGCUCGAGAAGCGCUCGAACAUCUAUUCGUCGCGUCCCCGACUCACGUUUGCGGGUGAGAUUGUGGGCUGGAAUGACGCCCUGGGGAUGCAGACCUAUAGCCACCAGUUCCGAGCCUAUCGCAAGGUGAUGCAUCGCGUUCUGGGAAGCAAGCACACAACCGCGCGAUUCAAUUCGUUGCAGGAGAUGGAGGUGCGACGGUUCUUGAAGCGCAUGCUUGAUCGUCCGGAAGACUUGAUCCAGCAUAUCCGCACUGAGGCUGGAGCGGUGAUCCUGAAGAUUGCAUACGGAUACACGAUCGAACCACAUGGUCGCGAUCCUCUCGUGGACUUGGUCAACGAGGCCAUGGACCAGUUCUCCAUCGCGGGGAGUCCUGGGCGCUGGUUGGUGGAUACGAUUCCUCUCUGUCUGUUCUUCUGUCAGACUCAGCCCUGCGAUAUUUCUUUGCUGACAUUCGAAACAACUUAUGCAGUGAAGCACCUCCCCGCAUGGUUUCCCGGCGCCAGCUUCAAGCGCACGGGUCUGGCAUGGAACCGCACCCUCCUCACCACCAUCGAGAAGCCCUACCAGUUCGUGCGCCAGCAGAUGCAGCGCGGGAAAUACACCCCCUCCUAUGUGUCCAGUCUGCUGAAAGGGCGCGAUCUGAACACUCUCACUCCGGAAGAGGAGCACAUCAUCAAGUGGACAGCCGGUUCACUAUACACCGCUGGUGCUGAUACGACUGUCUCCGUGCUCUCCAUCUUCUUCCUAGCAAUGGCCCUCCACCCCGAGAUACAAGACAAGGCCUACGAGGAACUCGAGCGCGUAGUGGGACGCGCUCGUCUCCCCACCUUCGCCGACCGCGAACACCUACCCUACAUCGAAGCAAUCGUCAAAGAGUCCCUGCGCUGGCACCCCAUCGCGCCAACAGGCAUCCCGCAUGAAUGCACCCAGGAUGACAUCUAUGAGGGAUACCUCAUCCCUAAGGGAUCGAUCAUUAUCCCGCAUAUCUGGCAAAUGGCUCAAGACCCAGCAUCCUACCCCAACCCAACCGUCUUCAACCCAAUGCGCUUCCUGUCACCGGAAACCUCCCAGAUGGACCCGCACCAUCUUGCCUUUGGCUUUGGGCGUCGCAUCUGUCCCGGUAGAUUGCUGGCCGAUAAUACGAUUUUCCUGACGAUCGCGCAGUCGCUGGCGGUUUUCCGGUUCUUGCCGCGGGAUGAUGCAGAGGGGUUGAGAGCAGAGUUCGCGCCGGGGGUGGUCAGUCAUCCGCUGCCGUAUGCAUUGAAGGUGGAGGUGCGUGGGGAGGAGCAGCGGAAGGUGGUGAGGGAGGGGCUGGAGGAGGUGGGCUGGGGGGUUAGUGAUGCUGGCGCAUUGACAGGGGUGAUUUGUUAG